AUGCCUAUCGAGCUCGACAAGCCGUCAACGGCCCCUAUCGACAGCAACAGCCCCGACGAGGAUGUGGUCCAGGUACAAGAGGGCAACGAUCAUGGCGCUCUUCUUCAAGACCCCAAGGGCAAUGUUAUCUUCCCAGGCUAUAUGCCUCCGGACAUCGAAUCACCAAACCCACCCCUAACUACCACCUCCUCCGACACCCUACCCGGCUCUUCCAAGACGUCCGACCCUGCUACCGGCGACCAGAAGAGUCGAUCAGAGCCUCUGAACGAACCACCGACGAGUCUAGUCAAGAGUCCGAAGAAAGAACGCCCGACAUUCGACAAGAAGUUCCAGACAGAUGCCCCACGUCGAAAUCAUCGUGACGCUUCUGCCUUUCCCUCCGCACCAAGCUUCAGGCGCGCAGGGACAAAUCUCUCCAUGCAGCAGACUGCCCUUUGGCGCCAGCAAGAACAGGCAGACGAAUCUAGCUCAUCAUCGUCUGACGAUGAUGAACAAAAUGGCCCAGCCAGCCAACAUGGACGAUCAAAACGACAGAUGGCUCAGGAGCAAUACCGCCGCCGCUUUCAAGUAGAGAAUGACAACUACCACACCAAGGGCAAGGUUUCAAAAAGAGAUGGGCGCUUGAACAUUACCGUCAACGACACCAGCAAUACGGGCUACCUCGCCAAGGCUUUGGGCACGGCAGUUAAGAAGGUCGUCAUCGGGCCAGGCGAGGGUGGUAAGAUUACCCAACGGUCGGCGCAGUCGCGCCUAUCUUCGGCUACCACUGCCACUUCGAAAGCCUCGAGACGGCCCAAGUUGAAUAUAGUCAUCAUGGUAAUCGGCUCACGCGGUGAUGCCCAACCUUUCUUGAAGAUUGGCAAGUUACUUAAAGAGGAGUACGGACACCGCGUGAGGAUCGCUACUCAUCCCGCUUUCCGAGACUUCGUUGAGAGAGACUCGGGGUUGGAGUUCUUUUCCGUUGGUGGUGAUCCUUCCGAGCUUAUGGCCUUCAUGGUCAAGAAUCCCGGUAUGAUCCCCAAGCUGGAGACGGUAAAGGCCGGCGACAUCGGAAGGAGGCGCGCUGCCAUGGCCGAGAUGUUUGAGGGGUUCUGGCGAGCGUGUGUGAAUGCGACAGACAACGAGAAAGACGCUCAGAACUUGAAGAUGAUGGGCAAGGAUGAUCCGUUCGUUGCGGAUACCAUUAUUGCCAAUCCGCCUAGUUUCGCGCACGUCCACUGCGCAGAAGCCCUCGGAAUCCCACUGCACCUCAUGUUCACAUUUCCCUACACGCCGACCCAGGCCUUUCCCCACCCUUUAGCAAGCAUCAAUAAGUCCAACGUUGACCCCGGAUACACCAACUUCAUCUCAUAUCCGCUAGUUGAGAUGAUGGUCUGGCAGGGACUUGGAGAUUUGGUAAACGAUUUUCGCAUCAAGACGCUGGGUCUCGAUCCCGUUUCCACCCUUUGGGCUCCCGGCGCGACCUAUCGCCUCCACGUCCCAUUCACCUACUUGUGGAGUCCUGCGUUAGUACCCAAACCUGAAGACUGGGGUCCAGAGGUAGAUAUCAGCGGCUUCGUAUUCCUUGACCUUGCCUCAACUUUCAAGCCACCCGUCGAUCUCGUCAAGUUUCUUGACGCCGGAGAGGCACCCAUUUACAUCGGCUUCGGGUCCAUCGUCGUGGACGAUGCUGACCGUUUCACCGAGAUGAUCUUCGAAGCAGUACGGGCAGCCGGAGUCCGAGCUCUAGUUUCUAAAGGCUGGGGAGGUUUGGGCCAAGACAAUGUGCCUGAAAACAUCUACAUGCUCGAGAAUACGCCGCACGACUGGCUGUUUCCCAAGGUCCGAGCUUGCGUUAUCCACGGUGGUGCUGGGACGACCGCCGCCGCUCUCAAGUGCGGCAAGCCGACCGCCAUCGUGCCGUUCUUUGGUGACCAGAACUUUUGGGGCUCGAUGGUCGCCAAUGCCGGCGCGGGACCUGACCCCGUGCCUUACAAGCAAUUGAACGCCGAGCGGCUGGCCGAAAGUAUUAAAUACUGCUUGACAGACGAGGCACUAGAGGCCGCCCAGGAAAUCGCCCGCAGCAUCGAGGCUGAAGGUGACGGCGCAAAAAAUGCCGUGAGAGCUUUCCACCGUUCCCUCACGCUUUCGGGAGAGAAGUCCAUGCGGUGCUCGAUUCUGGACGAUCGCGUGGCCGUAUGGACGGUCAAGAAUACGAGUCUCAAGCUUAGUGCCCUUGCUGCUGAUGUGGCAGUCGACAGAGGUUACAUUUCGUGGCGUAGGUUACGUCUUAUCCGACACAAGGAGUGGAACGACUUUGAGGGCCCCGGCGAGCCCAUCACUGGCAUUGCGGGAGCCUUGAUGAGCACUGUUGGCGACCUCUUUGGCGGUAUUGGCGGUGUACCGUACCACAUGACCAAGACAUCGAACAAGCGUGCCGAACGCAAGAAGAAGAAGGAGGAAAGAAAGACGCGAAGACAGAAAUUGCUAGCCGAGCGCUCGGCGGCAAAAGCGAACGGAAAGUAUGGGCCAGCGGCGAAUGGUGCAAAUGGAGGAGCUACUCCCGGCAGCAUGGCUGACCAGCCUGACAAUGCCUCACUGCUGGCUGCCGGGACUCCAGGAACAGCCCCUCUUGAGCCUGCUCAAGACGAGUACUUCCACGACGUCCAGGAAGGCGUCGGCAGGUCUGGACGCGCUUUAGUUCGUGCUCCUGUUGAUCUUACGCUCGCUAUAGCUCAAGGCUUCCACAACGCGCCUCGCUUGUACGGUGACGAGACUGUCCGACGUCCGACUCGAGUCACUGGAAUCAAGUCUGGACUCAGGGCGGCCGGCUCAGAGUUCAUGUAUGGUAUAUACGAUGGAGUUACAGGAAUUGUUCGACUGCCUUAUCGUGGUGCAAAGGAGGACGGUGUCGAAGGAGCAGUCGCCGGUGUGGGCAUGGGUCUUAUGGGAUUCGUCCUGAAAGACCUUGCAGCGAUCUUCGCUCCUGUGGGUUACACCCUCAAGGGAGUAGCCAAAGAGGUAUCCGGCGGCAAGAAGCAGGUCAAAUACCUCCGUCGUGCUCGCAUCAUUCAUGGGCAACGCGAGCUGAAGGCUCUGUCGGACUCGGAGCGCAAGGUUGCUCUAGAAGACAUCGAGAAAGGCUGGCGAGUCAUGCGACAAUUGGCGGACGUUAUCAUGAGCGAGAAUGGAAAACGAGGACUCCAGGGCCACUUGCGUCGUAGCAUUGGAAAGAAAGGUGAGAAGAGCAAGUCACUUGGCAAAUGGGGCAAAGGCCGUGCCUUUGAGAAUGUGGAGAUUGCCGAGAGGGCCAUUGAAGCCAUCAAUCAAGGCGAGAAGCUUGAUGUUGUGCUGGGCAAUAACAAGCCGAGCACCGAAGAGGCAAGGAAGAGCAUGGAGAAAAGAGUCAGCCAUGAGAUGUCCAGGAAAUCUGUCCAGACGGGCAGGCAGAGCGAAGACACUCGCAGUCGGGACAACUUCAAGGCAGAUGACUUUACAGAUGGACACAAUACCCCGAAGCCCAAUGCAGCCGACACUAAACGCGCUGGAACGAACGGCACCACAGGGUGGAAGAAGCCGUCACUCAGUUCGGAUGUUGCCCAACGGUUGCCAAUCACGACUGCUGCAAACUAA